AUGAAUCCUUUCAGGUUUAUUGCGGAUUGUUUUAGCGCAGGCGAAAUUACUUUGGAUUCCUUGCCGCUGGUCGCAGGCGAGACAAAACUUGGCGCUGUGAAUGUACGUCUUGAGAAAAGCAAGAAUCCUUUCUAUCAAACUUGGAGAAAUGACGUUAACCGAUUGGUCUUCGAGACAAAUUCGUCGCUUACUCAGUUUGGGGGAUUCAAUGCUGAGACCUGUCAAGCUUUGUGCCAGGUGACACAUCUUAUCGCUAUUCAGUUUUUGACCGAAAUUGCUCAACAUCAACUGGGUGAGAAUUCGAAAAUAUACUGGAUGCUCCAAAUGAGGGAUGGAGUCAAAGGCGACGACUUGGUAGCGGAACCAAGAUUCUGGAUGAGUGACGUUAAGAUGUUGCAAGAACGCCUCGAUGAAAUUCGCCACCUGUCUUUGGAAGAUUGGUAUCCCGGCAUUCCAGAAUCUGCUACCCCUGACUUCCAGAGGUUCAUCAAAGCGUUGUUCCGUAUGACUGAUGCUCGGAUCUCAGACCUCGUUUCAAUGUAUACCAACUUAUACCAGGGUACUUGGUUGACGUUUGCGAUAAGAAACACGUACGGGUUUUCUACAAUUAGAAAGUUGAACAACUAUGUAUUUGGUGGUUUCAUUCUUGCCGCGUGUGCUGCUGUUGGCGCUUUUGUAUGGGAAGAGACCGAGUUCAUUCAAACAAGUCCAAUUCCCUGUGUUAGAGUGCUUUGUUGGCUUCUGGGAAUUCUUUUUGUGCUCUUUAUGUUGGGGCAUUCGACGGGUCUGAUUGUCUACUACUUAUGCUCGAGAAUCACAAGACCCAGGAGAAUGAAAUUCAAGAUCAAUAUGAAGCUCGCUAAUCAUGCUAAAAGAAACUGGCUCUCGUCUGUUUUUGGCACAAAUCCCACGUGGUGCCUCUGGAGAAGAACUGCCUUGUGGAGUUACAUUCGUGGAGCUCCUUUGAGCACUCCCUUCUUUCGGGAUCAUGAUUGCAGUCCUAGAGCUAGAACUGAUGCACCUGCGUCUUUUGAUAAUGUUCCAUUGGCAGAGAUUGUGGCAUCUUACAAGUGGGACGAAGGACGCAAAUCCUCAGUUCGUUGA